UGUCACGCUCAUAACAUGUCACGCUUUCACCAGCUCAUUCAACGGGCAUCGACCAUGACAGCGACGACACCGCUCGUCGUAUUUGGACCCUCGGGAGUGGGGAAGGGUACACUCAUAAAGCGUCUCUUCGCAGACUACCCAGACAAGUUUGCUUUUAGCGUAUCUCAUACCACGCGUGCACCGCGUCCAGGCGAGACAGAUGGAAAGGAAUACCACUUUGUUACCCAGGAUACAUUCAAGUCUCUCUUAAGCGAGAACGCCUUCAUCGAGCAUGCACAGUUCUCCGGCAAUUUCUACGGUACUAGUGUCCGGGCUAUCGAGGCCGUGCAAUCAACUGGAAGACGUUGCAUCCUCGAUAUCGAGUCUCAGGGGGUCAGACAAGUCAAGGAAACCGAUUUACACCCCGUCUACGUAUUCAUCUCUCCUCCAUCGAUGGGAGUGCUGCGAGAACGUCUGCGUGGUCGCGCGACAGAUUCAGAAGAAGCCAUCCAAAAGCGGCUCGCUACUGCCAUCGUGGAGAUCUCGUACGCGCGAGAGGAGGGAGCAUGCGACUACAUCAUUGUCAAUGAUGAUCUCGACACCGCAUACAACAAGUUUAGAGACGUGGCAUUGGGGAACCCGAUACAGGGAGACACCUUACCCCCGCUAGACGAUUGAAAUCCUAAAAAAAGAGCUGAUAAAUAGCUGUACCGGUGGAUGAGGAGACAUUCUGCAGGAUUAGAUGUGGAUGAAGUAUAUAGCCUUGAUAUAUAAAUACCAGUCCAUUGGAAAAAGUACAUUUCCAGAUUUACAUCCGGAAUCUGAGAUAUGCCAUCAGCAGUGCAGAGCAGCCGGUCACUGUAGACGGCAACGGCGUCAGUAGCCGCCUAUUGCGGGGACAUAGUAACAUACCGAACCCGACCAAGUACUGGAGCGUGGUCGCCU